AUGGGCAGAGAUUUCUAUCAAAUCUUAGGCGUCGGAAAGAGCGCCACAGAAAACGAUUUAAAAAAGGCGUAUCGUAAAUUGGCGCUCAAAUGGCACCCCGACCGCAAUCCAAACAACAAAGAAGAAGCGACGGAGAAGUUCAAGAACAUAGCAGAGGCGUAUGCUGUGCUUUCGGAUCCAAAGAAGAAAGAGAUCUACGACCGAUAUGGUGAAGAUGGUCUAAAAGCUGGGAUGACUGGUGAACAGCAGUACGAUGGGAUGAAAGGAUUUCCUGGCGGCAGUUUUACUUUCACGACAAAUGGAAGCGAAGGGUUUGAUCCGUUUGAUUUAUUUAAUUCGAUGUUUGGUGGGAUGGAUGGGAUGCCGCAGAGUCGUUCGCGACGGGCGAAGUUCUCGAAAAAGAGAAAUGGGUUCAGUGGCUUCGAACAGUUUGGAGGAAUGCCACAAGAGUUUCAAGGGUAUACAGAAACACCACAAAAAGGCGAAGAAGUUACAGCCAAUGUCAAUUGUACAUUAGAGGAGUUAUAUAAAGGAUGUAAGAAAACACGAAAGAUCACUAAGAACAUCACAAAUUCAAAUGGACAAACAUCGCAAAAGGAAAACGUCGUUGACUUGGAUAUUCAAGCCGGAUGGAAGGAUGGGACUAAAAUUAGAUUCGAAGGAUAUGGUGACGAAAAUUAUGGAGAAGAGGCAGGGGACGUCGUCUUUGUCGUGAAGACAAUACCACACCCUUUGUAUACAAGAGACGGCGAUAACUUACACUGCAACGUCACUAUUAACGUUUCACAGGCUUUAACUGGGUUUAAAGUCAAUUUGCCAUUCUUGGACGGGUCUGAAGUGUCCAAAAAAAUCGAUCACCCUGUGUCUGAAAACACACCAGAAAUAAUCAAUGGAAAAGGAAUGCCUAUUAGAAAGUCUCCUGGAAAAUUUGGAGAUCUGUACAUACACUUCAAAAUACAAUUCCCGGCGUACUUGACGGAGAAACAAAGAACUGAUGUGAAAUCUGCUUUAAGUGGCGUCAACAAUUGGGUGUGA